GAAAUACCUAGGUAGCGAUAUCUAGCUGAACAUUGUAAUGGGCUGCCAGCUCAGUCGAGAGCCAAUUCGAAGCAUUGGCUUUGACAUUGGCUUCGCUUGUCUGACAGGUAGCCUCUAGUCCUAAUAGCACGGGCGCCUUUCACAGUUUCGUAUCCUUCACAGGCUUCAGCAAUUCCUGGAGCAGUCUGGCCUCUUUGAUAUGCGCUAUUUAGCCUGACAGCAGUUGUUGUAGAAUUCUGCACGUUUUUCUUGAGUGUAUCUCGCCGUAGAUGAUCCUCAAGCUCUUAGCAGCUCCCGCCGCCAGCUAUGGUCCAUUCAACGAAACAAUGAAGCCCAAGCUGUUGGCGUCUUAUUGCAGAUUUCUCAGUUAGGGUUAGGGUUUGAAAUGGCUCGAACCAUUUCACGACGAGCUGCCAUGUGCUGAGCAAGGAGGAUGGAGUUCGACGUCCUCGCAAAGAGGCGGGCUCACAACGGCCUGGUGGCGGUGUCAUCUGUGCCCAGCAGGCCGCAUAGAUCCGAGGCCAUUCAGUUCGAGGUGCAGCUGAACGACGCCCUGGGCGUGGCCGGCGCCGUGAGCGCUGCCCCCGAUGGCACCGCUGCCCCUGCCCCCAGCAGCAAGCGGCUGGCGUGCCACGUGGCGGUGCUGCGCAGCAUCCUGGCGUCAGGGGCGCUGGGCCCGUUGCAGCGCGUCAUGGAAAGGAUCACCAGCGAGCUCCUCAGGGGCGCCUACAGUGAUGCAUUGACGGUGUCGCCCCUGGGGGAGGGGUCUGGGACAUAUGCCGGGAUGGAGGGCAUCCCGUUCUUUGAGCAGCUGCAAGAUUCGCAAGAGGCUGUUGCCCACUUGAGUGCCCAGCUGGAGGAGCAACGGCACACGGUGGCGCAGUCGCUGGCGUACCUCAAGGAGCGCACCGCGCAGGAGGCCCCCUCGCGCGACGAGGCCGAGAUGGCCGCCAGGAUAGCCACGCUGGAGGGGGAGCUGUACGGCCUGCGGCACGAGCGGGACGAGGCGCAGCGCAAGGUCGAGACGGCGGAGAGGGAGAAGAUGGAGGCGCUUCGCGCAAUGGAGGCGGAGGUGCGGCGGUGGCAGCAGGACGCGCACGACGCCAAGCGGGAGACGCGGCUGCUCAAGAAGAAGGCCAAGGAACAGGAGGCAGUGCGGCUCGCGUUUGCGGAGCUGCGGCAGCCGGCGCUGGCGGGGCAGGGGGCGGGCGCGCUGGGGGCGGCGGGCAGUCCCGUGGCGGCGCUGGCGCGACAGCUCAAGGAGGAGAGCGACGCCGCGGAGGCGGUGGCUAUGGAGAGCCAGCUCAUCCUGCUGCACAACGCGCGUAUCACAGAGUACGAGGCGGCCCUGGAGAGCAGCCCCCCCAGCGAGGUGGCCCGCGUGAAGGCCGACUUCGUGCAGGAGGUGCAGGCCAUGCAGGACGAAAUGGUGAAGCUGAGCGCCCACAUCCGCAGCUUCGAGAGCCGCCUCUCCUCCUCGACGCCCGUGGAGCAGCCGAAAGCGGCGCCACCCGCAGCUGUUGCCCCGGCUGGACCAGACCCAGCCAAGCAGGUGGACUUGGAGGUGUCCUACGACGGCGGUGCCACCUUCGCCCUGCUGCGCGCGCCCGCGCCCCUCCGCCCACUCCCCGGCCGCACCCCCGAGAUCCAGGCCGCCUUCUCCCUACCACGGGACGCCACCCACAUCCGCGUGCGCUCUCCUCCCGCAGCCACCGGCGGCCCGGUCCCCGCCGCCGCGUCCCCCACUCCCCCGCCGUUGCACCAACAUCGGGGGAGCCCCCAGAACGAGAACCGCCCCCCCGAGGAGCGCGGCCAGAAGGGCCCCAGUGCGCUUUCCCGCGCUGGCCCGGACGCCAACGGCGAGGCAUCUGCCGGCCCGUCGGCGGACGACCCGUUGUGGGAGGGAUACUUCGCGCGCGUGGCCAGCUGGGGGGCGGCCGCCGCAGCGCUGGCGCCCACGGCCGCGGUGCGGUCUCGGCUGCCGCGUACAACGAGGCGGAGGGACGUGGACCUGCAGUCGUUGCUGGCCACGAUCGAGGCGGUAUUUCGUGCCAAGCUCAAGUCCGAGGGCGCCCCCGACGCGGCCGGCGCGCCCGACCGCGACGGAGACGAUGACGUGGCCGAGGCGCGCGGCGGGACGACCGUGACGGGGACGCGGACGUCGCUCCACGUGUUCCUGUACAAGUGGCUGGAGGACAAGUACGGCGUGCGGGCCACCGUGCUGCUGGUGGCGCACGGGCUGCUGAGUGCGGUGGAGCGGCACGCGGGGGGGAGCGCGGUGGUGCGCCUGUUCGGGCAGGUGCUGGCGGGCAAGGCGGACGACGCCACGUGGCGGUACACCAUGCACUGGCGGCGGGUGGCGGCCGCGGCGGCGCUGGACAGCGGAGACGGCUUCCAGGACUGGCUCGCUGAGCUGUACCCGGGCAUGAAGGACGACGAGCUGGCGGGGUUGGCGUCGGAGUACGCUGCGUACACGCCCCACCCGUCGCGCGCGGCCGCCAUCGACUUCCUGACCGCGCGCCUCCUCGCCAAGAACGAACCGCGCGUAAAGAAGUGGACCAAGAUCCUGCGCUGGAAGGACACGGCGCACAAAAACGCCUUCCGGCGGCGCGACUUUCUCGACAUUGUGGGCAAGCUGUUCCCCAUGCUGUCCACGGACGAGGCCGCGGCGCAGUACGACGCAGCGGCGCGCGUCACCGGCGCAGACAAGGUCGCGGUUGACACGCUGGCGCUGAUCACGAGCUGCUUGGACGCGUCUCUGGUCAGCACGAGCGAGGCUCCUCACAACAAGAGACACCCCAGCCUGGUCCCUGUCGCAGUCCCGUUCUUACCACCACCCUAAGCACGCCCGAUCCGAACCAGAGCGAGUCGGGUCUCGUCCAGGCAUGUCCUGGCAACCUGCGCUUUGAGUGGUUGUUGUCUCCUGGCUCAAUGACAGUCUGCAUAAAGUACAACAAUCAGCAUUUUCGAUCACAAGAGAAGAAGGCACAAUUGCAAAGUGAUAAAAUUGCUCCUACCGGCUGCGGUGUCAGUGGACAUCACAUGUUGGGCAAAGCCAUGGCAUUCUACUAAAGCAGA